UACAACAGACUUAUACACAUGUUUGCCGGAGAUAUAUCUGCUGCUCAGGGGAGGCCCCAUUAAAUCCAGGAUUUGGGGAUUCCAGAUAAAGGAAAAAGAAAUGUUGAUGUUACUCAAAAUUCCAGACAAGCCUUUUUCCCAUAAUUCACUGAAGAAUUUUUUUGAUCAACACAGUGGAAAUGAUAUCAGAAAAGUAGUGGAAAACCUUUUUUAUGCAAUACAGACAUACCACAAUGAAGGGGUAUUCCAGGUAGAUAUCACAGAGGAUGGUGUUAUUAUCUUUUCACCUUCAUGGGAGGUAGCAUUUUUAAGCCUUUGGAUUAUAGGAUAUGGAGGAUUGGAAGUUAAAUAUCAAGGCGGUCAAAGGGCGGAUAUAAAACAGGCCUCAUCGGUAGUUCGACGCUUGUUGGAGGAAAAAGGAAUGAAAGAUCACCCUAUCUAUUACAUUCUGGAUAAUGUCUCUGAACUUGACACAGCUGCCUCAAUACUGAUGAAGAUUUCAUCUUUUCAGAAUACUAUAGAAAACGUCCCGAUACAGGAGAGUUCUGGGAAAAUUUUGGAGAAUGGACAAAAAGUAUCCGAAGUCGUCUUAGAAAUUGAAGAUACUUCUAUUACAGCGAUGGACCUCAAAAGUUUGGAGCUGACUCUAUCAGACCGUGACUUAAUAGUGCUACAAAAUGUUGAGCCUAACUUCGAAAGAGGCAGUCUCUCUGAGGGCAUCAUGAUUGGUUACUUCAAGUGUCUCAAAGAGAAGGGGAACACAACUGUGCAGGUUAUCACGUCAGAGGACUUAAAGAGCAACGUCACGGAAGAACAGAACAUUUUGUCUGAAGUAUGCUGGAUACUGGUGCCCUGGAAUAGAAACAAGCACUGGGCGUUAAUUGCAGCAGAUGUCGAGAGGAAAGGAUUAAUCUACAUUGAUCCUGUGCCGCCAUCUGGGGGCGAAAACCAAACCAAGGUUCAGCCAGAGGAAUGGGAAGCUCUGGGUAAAGUUAGGUCUCUGCUGGGAUGGACCAAUUUCAAUACGAUAUUAAACCCUCCUGACCGUAGUAUGCAAGGGGAUCCCACCAGUUGUGGGGUGUAUGUUUGUUUUUAUGCAAGACAACUGAUUUUGGGAAAACCGUUAGGAGCCAAAUUCAGCCCAGAGCCAAUGAGAAGAGAAAUAGAGGCAACAUUACGGUCGGAGGGUAUGUGGGAAGGUGCAGGUGGUCGUGGGUUUCCCCAGGGCUCAGCCUAGUUGCCUCUUACCGAAAUGCUGGCAAUCGCUGUAUAAGUGAAAUAUGAACUGAAAUUUUCAACAUUAAUCUGUACUCAUUUGGAAGCAAAUUGCAAGACAUCUGCAGUAUAAUUAGACACACAUUAAUGUAGACUGAAUUAAAUCUCGUCACAAUUCGCGUUAUGAACCUGAUAUGUAUAAAAUCAAAUUCUAUUUUAUAUGCAUAUUUCACAUAUUUAAGCAGCAGCGGAGCAGCUUAAUGGGUUAAAGCGUUUUAACAAUCUGUUGGAUUUUUAACGGAGAAUUUGGAGAAUGUAUAUAUGACGAUUUUAAUAACACUUAAAAUUAAAAUACUUAUUUGUGCUUUUUAUACCCAUGUGUAAAUCUUUUCAGUCUUGUCAAGAAUUGUCCUUCGAGGUUGCUCAUUUUUGCAUGUUUUUUAAAUCAUUAUCUGUAAAGUUAGAAUUUAUCUGCUGUAUACGUUUUGUCACUUUUGAUAUAUAGUAUUUAUAUAUACCGUAUAUAGUACGGUAUAUAGUAUUUAUGUAUUCCCACGACUUGGUUAUGUCGGUGACAACUAAUGUAUAUAUUUCCUCUAUUUCCGACUUGAAAUAAAGAUGUUUUAUUCAUGUCGUUAGUUUACCGAUAUUUGUGCCAUUGAGAUGUAAAAAUAGUGCAUGCGAAGAUGUAAUAUGUUUAUUUGUUUAUUUGAAUGGGAUUCCCCCAAUGUAAUAGCUAUGCCACGAAGGUUAAGGGCAGUGUCUACCAUGUUUAUGUUGACCAUCAUGUCAACUGUAUAUCGUACCGAGAAAUAAUCCGUUUUGUUGUACCUUACGGUAAACUACGUGUGAUCGUGUACUGUAAUUACAACUUGCGCGUACCGGAGAGGACUAUAAGUUUACACCUUGUAUUGUCGGUCCGUCGCCAAUCGUGUUAAGUGUGCUCUAAUUACACCUUGCUCGUACCGGAGAGGACAAUAGGUUGACACCUUGUAUUGUUGGUCCGUCGCCAAUCGUGUUAAGUGUGCUCUAAUUACACCCUGCUCGUACCGGAGAGGACUAUAGGUUUACACCUUGUAUUGUUGGUCCGUCACCAAUCGUGUUUAGUGUGCUUUAACCACAACUUGCCCGUUGAGCUUACAACAUGAUGUAAGACUAUAAGCUUACACCGUGUUUGUCGGAAUAGCCAAAGUCAGCGACUUAAAGCAAUUCAGCAAGUACCCUGUUUU